AUGGAGCCAUUGGAUUACGAUAUUCCUGAAGAUGACGUCGAUUACUUCAACUUUUCGCCGGAAUCGAACGAUAACUCGAGUCUCUUGGCAAACAGCAGCACCACAGUGUCGAUUGAGAUCAGCGCCGCCAUUUUGAAAGGCGUCAUUCUCGGCUCUAUCUGCAUUAUAACGAUUCUUGGGAACGUGCUCGUCUUGAUGGCCGUGUUCGUCAAUUCCCACCUGCGUAGCACCACCAACUACUUCAUCGUCAAUCUGGCCAUUGCCGACGUACUUCUGGGCACCCUCGUGCUGCCUUUUUCAGCCAGCAUCGAAAUAGUCGACUACUGGGCAUUCGGGCAGACAUUUUGUGACAUAUGGGCAGCUACCGAUGUCCUCUGUUGUACGGCUUCAAUUCUAAGCCUGUGUGUCAUUAGCAUUGACCGUUAUAUCGGCGUCACGAAGCCAUUGCAACAUUCUUCGAUUAUGACCGAGAAGCGUGCUGUUUAUAUCAUCGUCGGAGUGUGGGUGAUGUCGGUAAUAAUUUCAGUAGCGCCGCUAAUCGGCUGGAAGGAUCCGCCAGAUCAGAAUCCUUAUGUCUGCACCGUGACCCAGCAAAUUGGUUAUGUUAUCUUCUCUGUGGCCGGAUCAUUCUACAUCCCCUUACUCAUCAUCCUCAUUGUGUAUUUUCGGAUUUACAAAGAGGCUGAGAAACAAUACCGUUUUCUAUCAACCGGCAUAAAGACUUCCAAACUGGAUGAGAAUACGCAAGGGGUGACCUUACGGAUUCACACAGGUCGCAGUGCCAUUGCUGCUGCCGCUGCUGCCACUACGGCCUCGUCUGCCCCCUUUUCUGCGUCUAUGGCUGGCGCCGGAGUGGUUAGUCCACAUACAAAUCCUUGCUAUCAGAGUAGCAGUUCUAGUGAGCACUCAGACAGUUCAGGACGAAAGUCAAAUUCAAGACUUACUCUCGCAGGUCGAGUGGCAAAGUUCCGAAGGGAACGAAAAGCAGCUAAAACUCUCGGCAUUGUGGUCGGAGUCUUCAUUCUCUGCUGGUUUCCAUUUUUUCGUUUUACCAUUAGGCAAGGGUAUAAUUUAUUGAUUUGUGUCUUUUUGUUUCUUUCGAUUGCUUGCUUUUUUAUUUCUCUCUCUCUCUCUCUCUCUCUCUCUCUCUCUCUCUCUCUGUGUGUGUGUCUCUCUCACUCCCUACCGCUUUCUCUUGUUUUCUUUUCUCAUUUUCUCUUUUUAGUUAAAUUUAACCCACAUCAAUCCGUUUCUGUCUUACUUUAUUUUUGA